CGGAACACAUGGGUUCUUGAAGUAUUUUCAAAAUUUUUAAAUGACAUUUACACUAGACAAAGGUGUUCCCUGUUUGCUCGGCUGUUGUACUUCUUAACAUUCUUUGGCUGCAGAUUCAUUUGGUUUUGUUCUUCAUCUUGUCUCUGUGAGCUGAUGGAGGGAUGUAGGAGUGUGAUGGCAGCCCUGUCUAAGAACGUGCUGACAGUCAACAUGUUACUGAGUGUCUUCUGUUUUUCAGGAGUUCAGACUGAUUGUGGCAAGACACCAGCCCUCGAGAUCACUGCACCAACGGAGAUUAACGCUCUGAGUGGAUCCUGUUUGCUAAUCCCAUGUAGCUUUAGACAGAAAUCAGGGGAAACGUUUGAGGGCAAUAGAAAAACAUUUGGAGUUUGGAUUAAAAGUGAGCCAGAGUUUAAAAGGAAUCCUUUAAAUGUCAUUUACAACAGCAGUAAGUCAAAAAACAGCUAUGAAAUGAGCAUUACUGGACACCUGAGUGAGAAGAACUGCACCACGGUGUUGUCUCAUGUAACCUCAAGUCAAGCAGACAAAUACUUCUUCAGGAUUGAGAACGAGUCGAUUAGAGCAACAGCUUCCUGUGAUCCUGUUCAUUUAACAGUUAGAGAUUCUGCUUGGAGCCCCAGGAUAGAAAUCUCAGGUGAUAUGAAGAAGAAGGAUUCUGUCACCAUAACCUGUUCAGCUCUCACUCCCUGCCCACACUCACCUCUUGAACUCACCUGGAAUCUCCAACAAGGCUCUCACAGGCAGAUAGAGAAGAACACAGAUGGAACGUUUACAACUAAAAUCCAGCAGACCAUCACUCUGUCAGACACACACGAUGGAUCCAACAUCAUCUGCUCUGUCAGAUACCCUGUAGAUGGAGGAAAACACAACAAGGCAGCAAAGACAGAAGUGACUCUCAGUGUUUCCUAUGCUCCCAAAAACACCUCAGCAGCCAUCCGUCCAUCAGGAGAUAGCUGGGUGUACCUGAACUGCUCCAGCAGAUCAAAGCCCCCCAUCAGCUGCUUCACCUGGUUCAAGAAGAGCAAACAUGGAGCCAUGAAAGUAGCUGAAGGAGACGUCAGAUUAACCGUCUCUGAGGGAGCAGUUUACUGCUGUGAGGCCAGUAGUGAAGGAAAUGAGAGUUCCCGACUUUUGACAUCACUUUUUUCAGUGUUAGGUGUUGUGCUCGUCUGUCUGCUCAUCGUUUCUUGGGUUUUUAAGAUAAAACAUUUUACUCCACAACAGCUCAAAUCUCAAACUACAGAGGAACCUGAUCUUCAAAUGCGAGCCAAUGAAACUGAGGAAGAGGUCCAGUAUGAGGAUCCAAACGUGUUCACAAACAGACCUCAGGCUUCCUCCAUGCAGAGCAGCAGACAGCAGCAGGACACAGUGUAUGCACAGAUCAAAAUCUCCAAGCCAAAAAACAACUCAGCACAGUCUGCUGACUGCACAGAGGUCACCUACUCACAAGUGAAGAGAUACUGACUGUCAGGAUGUGAGAUUUUGGACUUUGUUUGUGGUUUGGUGUUUUUGUUUUACUAGAUGCUCUUGUUUGAAGUUUUUGUAUUCUUGUUCUGACAAUUCUGGUUUCCUUUUGCCUCCCUGUCUG